AUGUUCCCCCAGCAGCACCCCUGUCCUGUCGGGACCUGGAGCAGCAUUGUGGGAUCCCAAAACCUGUCCUCUUGCUGGCCCUGCCCUCCAGGACUGUACUGCAACAGUACAGGACUCAGUCAGCCCUCAGGAGUCUGUGACACAGGACACUACUGUCUCGGUGGGGGUGUUGAGGGCAUCCUACCCUGCCCUCCUGGCACAUAUAGUCCUCAGAUUGGCCUGAGCCAAGUGGAACAGUGCCUCAUCUGUCCAGCAGGGUUUUACUGUGAGGACUGGGGUCUGUUUGAACCCACUGGACUCUGUCAUGCUGGUUAUUACUGCAUAGCAGGUGUGAAUUUCCAGAACCCAGAUGGUAAUUUCAGCACAGGUGUGGGAGGGGCAUGUCCAAAUGGGAGGUUCUGUCCUGAGGGCACCAGUCUCCCAGUACCCUGUCCACAAGGAACCUACUCCAACAGUCUUCAUCUGACAGACACCCUUGGCUGUAGUCCAUGUCCAGCGGGUCACUUCUGUGGCACUUCAGGUCUCACUCGUCCAUCUGGACUGUGUCAAGCUGGAUUCUUCUGCCCAGGGGGGGACACAACAGCCACAGGUUCAGAAGGAGGUUUUUGCCCACCAGCUCAUUAUUGCCCUGAGGGUGGCGAGAGGCCAGUACCUUGCCCAGCUGGGACCUACACGAACCUCACAGGACAGUCAGUGUGUUCUCGCUGCCCAGCUGGAUACUUCUGUCCAGAAAAGACUGGCAACUUUACCAAGUUCCCCUGCCCACCUGGUUUCUACUGUCCUGAUGGAACCAGGCAUGCCACCCAGUAUCCCUGUCCUCGUGGAUACUACAACCCAGAGCCAAUGACUCAGAGUCUGGACAGCUGCCUGCCUUGUCCUCCAGGACACUACUGCGAGAAAGAAAGGCUGACCAAAGUGUCUGGAAAAUGCAAAGCUGGUUGGUUCUGUGUGUCAGCAGCCUGGAACUCCCAGCCUUUUGACCUGGACAAUUACACAAAUGCCAACUGUCUGUGUCCAGCCACAUCCACAGGGGGGCGCUGCCAGGUUGGCUUUUACUGCCCCUUGGGUAGCUCAGAGCCACUGGCUUGUCCACCUGGAGCGUUUUGUAACAUCUCAGGUUUGGCGCUUCCGAUGGGUCCCCUGCUCCCCGGGGUACUACUGUGUAGGAGGAGCCACUGAGGCCAGACCAACCGAUGGAGAAAAAGGAAACAUCUGUCCGCCUGGGACAUACUGUGUUGAAGGUUCGGGAGUGCCAGAGGUGUGUCCAGUGGGUACUUUCUCCCCAGUACCAGGUUUGACCAGUGAAACUGGCUGUCAGCCCUGUACCCCAGGUUUCUACUGCAGAGGAGCAGGUCUCAUUGUUCCUACUGGACCCUGCAGUGAAGGUUACUGGUGCUCCCCUGGUCAAGACCAUAGCUACAGGUCUGCCAUGUCCUCCAGGCCACUUCUGUCCACAGGGUAGUGCAGCUCCAGAGCCCUGUCCAUCAGGAACGUACCAGGACAGAGGAAAACAGACAGCCUGCACUGUCUGUGAGGCAGGUUACUACUGUGAUAGAAGACUAGUUAAUGCCUCUUCACUGAGGCCCUGCCCUAAAGGCCACUACUGUCCA